GCGGGCGGGUGUGGUCGGGUGCGGGCGGCAUGGACGCGGACUACCCGGGCCUGGAGCCGCCGCUGUGCGCGGAGCUGAAGCAGCUGUGCCGCCGGCUGCGGGAGGCCUACCGCGAGCUCAGGGAGGAUCUCACGCCCUUCAGGGAUGACCGCUUCUACAGGCUGGCCCCCAUGCGGCUCUACACUCUGUCCAAGCGCCAGUUUGUGUUGGUCUUCGUGGUCUUCUUCCUCUGCUUUGGGCUGACCGUCUUUGUGGGCAUCCGAGGGCCCCAGGUCAUCCAGACGUCAGCAGCCAACUUCUCCCUGAGCAACAGCAAGAAGCUGAAGCCCAUUCAGAUCAUCUCGAACCCUCUGUCCACGUAUAACCAGCAGCUGUGGCUGACGUGCGUUGUGGAGUUGGACCAGCCCAAAGAGACGUCUAUGCAGGUGAGCUUCCCCCUGACAGUGAAGGUGGACGGCGUCGGGCAGGACGGCACCACCAUGUUCGUCCACAGCAAGGUCCACAACCACACCCGUACCCUCACCUGCGCAGGGACGUGCGCCGAGAUGGUGGUGAUGCACCUAGGCUACCUGAACUACACGCAGUACACCGUCAUCGUGGGCUUCGAGCACCUGCGACGGCCCGUCAAGGCCUUGAACUUCACGUGGAAGACCUACGACCCGGCCUUCUCGCAGCUGCAGAUCUGGUUCCGUUUCAUCUUCGUGGUGUUCACCUUCAUCAUUACCUGCCUGUUCGCUCACUCCCUGCGCAAGUUCUCCAUGAGGGACUGGGGCAUCGAGCAGAAGUGGAUGUCGGUGCUCCUGCCCCUGUUGCUGCUCUACAAUGACCCCUUCUUCCCGCUGUCCUUCCUGCUGACCAGCUGGUUCCCGGGGAUGCUGGACGCCCUCUUCCAGUCUCUGUUCCUGUGCGCCCUGCUGCUCUUCUGGCUGUGCAUAUACCAUGGCAUCCGUGUGCAGGGGGAGAGAAGGUGUCUGACCUUCUACCUGCCCAAGCUCUGCAUCGUGGGGCUGCUGUGGCUGGCGGCCGCCACGCUGGGCAUCUGGCAGACCGUGAAUGAGCUCCAUGACCCCAUGUACCAGUACCGUGUGGACACCGACAACUUCCAGGGCAUGAAGGUGUUCUUCAUGGUGGUGGCGGCCCUGUACGUGCUCUACCUGUUGUUCCUGGUCGUGCGCGCCUGCUCCGAGCUCCGUCACAUGCCUUACGUGGACCUCAGGCUCAGGUUCCUGACGGUGCUGACCCUCAUCAUUCUGGUCAUCAGCAUCGUCAUCCUGUACCUCCGUUUCGGGGCGCAGGCCCUGCAGGACAACUUCGUGGCAGAGCUCUCAGCACACUACCAGAACUCCGCCGAGUUCCUGUCCUUCUACGGGCUGCUCAACUUCUAUCUCUACACACUGGCCUUCGUGUACUCGCCCUCCAAGAACGCCCUGUACGAGUCGCAGCUGAAGGACAACCCCGCCUUCUCCAUGCUGAACGACUCGGACGAUGACGUCAUCUAUGGGAGCGACUAUGAAGAGAUGCCCCUGCAGAAUGGCCAGACCAUCCGGGCUCAGUACAAGGAGGCGUCCGACAGCGACUGAGGCCCUGCACGGAGCCCCCCCAUCCUUACCCUUCCCACCCCGGCUCUGCAGCCCCCCAGCUGCUGAGCACAGAGCCACCGGCUUUGUUUACAUGCUCAUGAAAGGACAGCCAAACCUGGGGACAGGUGUCAACACAGGGCCAAUUCACGUUGACAGUGGCCACAGCUCUUUGGGCAGAGAGCCACCAAGGGGUUGGCAGAACCGCCAAGACCCCCUCUCAGGCCGCCCCCCCCCCCAGCCCAUCCCCAGUGGCGGUGGAAGCACUGAGCUUUUGGGGAGAGAACCCUGUCAUCUUCUCUGCCAUUUGCUGAGUCCAAGUUCACGGCCAGCCUUUAGGAACUCGAUAGCAAAGUAGCAUUGUUUUUUUGUUUGGGUUUUUUUUUUUUUUGUCUCCCUCUGGUCCCUGCCCUGUUUUUCUUUGUUUUGGGCGGGGGGGAUUGGGUUUAUUUUGUUAGUAUUUUUGUAUUCUUUCCCUUCAAAGGGGGAAGCUCUCGGUUUACUUGGUAGCAGCCCUUCUCCUCAGACGGUGGGAGGUGGGCAGGGCCAGCUGAGCCGAGAUGCUGCUGUGAGGUCCUGAGCCGGGUCAGAGCGUCAGGCCAGUCUCCCCAGGGCCUGAGCCCCUGUGGGUGGGUGGGUGCCAUGUGCAGUGGGUCCUCUCUGCUCUGGGCAGGGAGGAGGGAUGUUUCUGCAGGUCUACAGGUCAUGCCCCGGAAAGCUUUAUUUAUUUAUUAAUAGAAGCCAAACAAAUGGUCGAGAAACGACAGAUGUACCGCCAAGAAAGGCUUUCGUUUCCCAUUUGUGAGUGAGGUGAGAGCCGUGAAAGGGCUUCAGAAGGGGAUCUAGGCCAGGUGACGGUUGGGCGACCUCUGCGCCCCCCAGUCCUCCCGUGUCUGUGUGCCCACCGCUACUCCCUGGACUCAUGGCGCCACUCUGAACUGUCACCUUUUGCUGACUGGGCGUCCCGCGAGAGGCCAUCUUGCCAGAGAAGCAGGAUGGGACUGGACAUCCGUUUUCAUCUUCUGUGUAUCCACGCCACCCACCCAGCACUCAAAAACCACACCGGGUAGGACCAGGGUCUCCCCAGUUCCUGAGACCUUUUCUUAGGUUUGUAUCUUAGCUUAGACCUUAAUGAUAAUAUACCUUUAAUAGGGACUCUGUUUCUAUUUGUUUUUAAGACCUUGGAAAUACCAACGUCUCAAAGUAACUAUUAUUGCGGCGAGAAGUCAAGUUUACAGGGUUUUUAUAUCUGCAGGGUGUGAUCUCUCUUUCUUCUUAAUUCCAUGUAUCUGGAGGUGUCAAAAAACUUUUUGUUACUUUAUCUUAUGACUUAGAGUAACUAUAGUUUGUGAUGGAAACUUGUGCUAAGUGCUGUUCCAGUGUAUUAGUUCCUAAGGUUUAAACAUCAUACACUAACCAUCCAUGAUUUGGAAUGCUGUUAUUUAUCAGUACGUGUAAAAUACUGUGUUAAGUUGUACACUUUAUAAAUAAUUUUUUAAACUUACCUUACAGCGUAAUUAUAAAUGCCUGAUGUCUCCUUAGGUUAAAUCUUUGUAUCAUCAAGUCAGCGAAAUGAAAACCAUGGCACUAUUUAUUUAGUUUUGGUAACUCAGUUGGAAACCAAGAAAAAAAAAAGGGCCAAGGAAAGGGCAGUGGUUGGUGAAAAGAGGCAUUUUCCUGUCUCUCCUUGGGCCUGCUGCACAUGGACAAGCUCCAGAUUCUGUGCAUUUGCUUUGAGGGUGCAGACAGCCUUCCUCGCGCCUGUGUUCUGUGUGACAUGGGCGUUAGGUAGAAACACUCGAGUCUGCCAGCAGUUCUGGAUAGUAGCAGAGUGAUUGUGUCAUCCCCUGCCACCCGUCACUGGGCCGAUCCGGGUUCUUUGACGCCAGCAGCUUGAACGUCAUCUCUGGAUCACCUUCUAAGGCUGGUCCAGCCUGGGGGAGCCUGGGAGGUUGCCAGGGCUGCUUCCGUGUCUCUGGAUUGAGCUCCAGUGCUCAUGUGGGGGGCCAGGCCGCCUGGUUUAUUAUUAAUUCCAGCAGUGGAUGGCCGCCUUCUCUCUGAAGCCCAUUUGAAGGGGGGGGGGGCUUAAGAUAUAUUCAGAUCUGUAAGAGUUUUACUGUAUAUUACCACACAGUGUAAUAAAGUCUAGACACGUCACAUACACCCUCUGUGUGAGAGGGGCUGGCGGGAGACCAGCAUCACCAGCCUCGAGCUUUCGUGAGCGGCUUCCAGGAGGGACAGUUGUGUCGGGGCAGCCAGGCUGUGGUCAGUAGCUCGAGCUCUGAGCCCUAGUCACAGGAAAUAAACACAGCGGCUUGGACAAUAGAGACACGGAGUGACGGUUUAGGCUGAAAACAUGAGCAUACUGAGGGUUUAGAAACCAGUUGCCUCAGAAGUCUGACUCUUGACAGAGAGAAAGAAGUGUCUUUCCCAAGCACAAGGGGAGUGGAUUGACUACAUGUUUAAAAUCGGCCAGUAACUAUACUCUAGACUGUGGUGCACUGAAGACACUUUCCUGCUACUGAAAAAAAAAAAUCACCUUUCUACAAAAAGACUAAAGAUAUGUAAAUGAAAACAACUCUAGGUGUCUGAGCUCUGGGAGAGAAGCAUUGAGACCCUGGGCUCCCAGAAUCCCCUGGCUGGGGGCGGCGUGUCCAUGUCUGCCUGCGGGUAACAAACUUCCAGGAAGGUUCCGUGACUGCCUUCCUGUCACCACUAAUAAAAUCUUCACAUUUGAGCCUUA